CAAAAUGGCGGCUCUCAGGCUGGCGCGCUCCGUGCUGCUGGCGCUUUGAGGUGGUCGCCAGGGGUCGGGGGGACGAUUUCCCCGCCGCGGGGGCCCUAGAGGAUGAAUCGAGGGCUCUGCUAAGGUUAGGCGGUGGGGGUGGAGAGAGUGGCAGCAAGGGCUGCGGUGGAGUCCACGGAGCGGGAUGUGCGAGAGUUACUCCAGGUCGUUGUUGAGGGUCUCGGUGGCGCAGAUCUGCCAGGCGCUGGGCUGGGACUCGGUGCAACUCAGCGCCUGCCACCUCCUCACGGACGUGCUGCAGCGCUAUCUGCAGCAGUUGGGACGGGGCUGCCAUCGGUACUCUGAGCUGUAUGGCCGGACAGACCCAAUUUUGGAUGAUGUCAGCGAAGCUUUCCAGCUUAUGGGGGUUAGUCUUCAUGAACUAGAAGACUAUAUUCACAAUAUUGAACCUGUCACUUUCCCACAUCAAAUUCCUUCAUUUCCUGUCAGUAAGAACAAUGUACUUCAAUUUCCUCAACCCGGAAGUAAAGAUGCAGAGGAAAGAAAAGAAUACAUUCCUGAUUACAUGCCACCCAUUGUGUCUUCACAAGAAGAGGAGGAAGAGCAGGUGCCCACGGAUGGGGGUACGUCAGCAGAAGCCAUGCAGGUUCCCCUGGAAGAAGACGAUGAAUUGGAGGAGGAGGAAAUUAUUAAUGAUGAGAAUUUCUUGGGUAAGAGACCGUUGGAUAGUCCGGAAGCUGAGGAAAUGCCUGCCGUCAAGCGACCGCGGCUGUUAAGCACUAAAGGGGACACCCUGGAUGUCGUAUUACUGGAAGCCCGAGAACCCCUCAGCUCAAUCAAUACCCAAAAGAUCCCACCAAUGCUCUCUCCGGUCCACGUGCAGGACAAUACAGACCUAGUCCCUCCGUCACCAGAGCCACCGAUGUUGGCUCCGGUCGCAAAAUCGCAAAUGCCAAUCACAAAACCAUUAGAAGCCAAAUCGUUUACACCUAAAGCAAAGACUAAAACCAGUUCUCCGGGACAGAAGACUAAGUCACCUAAAACUGCGCAGUCACCAGCAAUGGUCGGAAGUCCUAUUCGGUCACCAAAAACCGUAUCCAAAGAGAAGAAGUCUCCUGGACGCUCUAAGAGCCCCAAAAGCCCCAAGAGUCCCAAGGUUGUGACUCAUAUUCCCCAAGCACCUGUCAGACCCGAAACACCAAACAGGACUCCUUCCGCUACGAUAAGUGAAAAACUUAGUAAAGAAACCCUUCAGGUAAAACAAAUACAGACGCCCCCGGAUGCUGGCAAACUCAACAGUGAGAAUCAGCCGAAGAAGGCGGUCGUGACGGACCGAACGAUCGACGACUCGAUCAAUGCCGUGAUUGCACGGGCUUGCGCCGAGCGAGAGCCAGACCCUUUCGAGUUUUCUUCGGGAUCCGAAUCCGAAGGAGACAUUUUUACCAGCCCUAAGAGAAUUUCAGGUGCGGAAUGUACUACUCCAAAAGCUUCCACCUCCUCCAACAGUGUCCCUAAGGCAGGAUCCACCCCUCUGCCCCUCUCGGGUGGGGCCUCCAGUUCCGACAACUCGUGGACCAUGGAUGCGUCGAUCGAUGAGGUGGUGCGGAAAGCAAAACUGGGAGCACCUGCAAAUCUGCCUCCCGGCUUUCCCUACAUCUCCUCUCCUUCGGUCUCCCCUCCCACCCCGGAACCUCUGCACAAGGUGUACGAGGAGAAAGCCAAACUGCCCUCCUCCGUGGAGGUCAAGAGGAAGUUGAAAAAGGAACUGAAGACCAAAAUGAAAAAGAAAGAGAAGCAGAGAGAUAAGGAGAGGGAAAGAGACAAAAGCAAGGAAAAAAGUAAAGAGAAGGAUAAAGUGAAAGAGAAAGAGAAGGAGAAGGAGAGCAGCAAGGAAGCCAGGUACCCGUGGAAGGAAUUUCUUAAAGAUGAAGAGCCGGAUCCCUAUAAGUUUAAAAUAAAAGAAUUUGAGGAAGUCGAUGCAAAAGUGAGAUUGAAAGAUGGGAUGGUACGGAAGGAGCGAGAGAAGCAUAAAGAUAAGAAGAAAGAUAGAGACAAAGGCAGGAGGGACAAAGAUAAGAGAGACCGGGAAAAGGUUAAAGACAAGGGGCGGGAGGAGAGGCUGAGAACACCUGCGGCCCCCCUCGUGGUGCCCCCGAAGGACGCGGCCCUGCCCGUGUUCAGCCCCGCGGCGGCCGCCAGGGUCCCGGCCGGGCUGCCCGCCUUGUCCUCCAUGCUUCCUGAGAAACUGCUGGAGGAAAAAGAGAAGCCUAAGGAGAAAGAGAGGAAAAAGGACAAAAAGGAGAAGAAGAAAAAGAAAGAGAAAGAGAAGGAGAAGAAAGAGAAGGAAAGGGAGAGAGAGAAGCGGGAGAGAGAGAAGAGAGAAAAAGAGAAGGAGAAACACAAGCAUGAAAAAAUCAAACUGGAGCCGGUGCUUCCCGCCCCCAGUCCGGUCAUCCCCCGGCUGACGCUGAGAGUUGGCGCUGGCCAAGACAAGAUUGUCAUCAGCAAAGUGGUCCCGGCGCCCGAAGCCAAGCCGACCCCUUCUCUGAGCAGACCCAAGACCCCGCCGCCCGCAGCCGCCCCGGCCCCCGCGCCCGUGCACGUGGCCCCCGCCCCGGUGCCUUCGCCGCUCCUCCCGCCGUCGGCCGCGGCCCCCGCCCUGAUGCCCGCCCCGGCCCCCGCCGUCUCUGGCGCCGGAUCGUCCAAGGCCCCGGUCCGGAGCGUGGUGACGGAGACCGUGAGCACUUACGUGAUCCGAGAUGAGUGGGGGAAUCAGAUCUGGAUCUGUCCCGGGUGCAACAAGCCGGACGACGGCAGUCCCAUGAUCGGCUGUGACGACUGUGACGACUGGUACCACUGGCCCUGCGUGGGAAUAAUGGCCGCACCCCCGGAAGAAAUGCAGUGGUUCUGCCCCAAGUGCGCCAACAAGAAGAAGGAUAAGAAGCACAAGAAGCGGAAGCACCGGGCACACUGACCGGGCACGUUGACGCCGCGCGGCGCCCGCGAGCCUCGCAGGGAGGGGCCGCCGGCGUCGGGAGGCCCAAGACGCAUGCGCCGGCGCCGGCUCCGCCCCGGCCAAGCGGCGUGGGACGGAGGGCCACGUGACGGGCGAGGACGGCCACGCCCCCGCUUUCUAUUACCAGUGACAAGUAUUAUUAAUAAAAAGACCGUAAUCCUC